CUGAAUGGGAGCAGUGCUGCCAAUCAAGACACGCCUGCUCGUGCUGUUCCUUUAAGAUGAGCUUGUGAGAUGAGCUCUGGCACAGAGUGCCUAGCCCUGCUGGGAAGAAGGAGCUCUGAAAAAUAGGAGAUCGUCCUCACACUAGCACAACCCUGCAUUUGUUUCUCCGGGCUCAUCGGGGGGUCAGAAAGUGGCUGCUAAGAUCUACACAGCUCCAACAAGUUCCAGACUCAACUAAGAACCUGAACAUCCAUCUGAGUAGAAUUGGAACACUCUACAUAUUAUUCUAUAGAACAACUUGAACGUUCAACCUGAGAAGAAAUAGAACAUUCUAUAUAUUAUUCUAUAUAAUAAUCUGAACGUUCCAUCUGAGAAAAAAUAGAACAUUCUAUAUAUUAUUCUAUAUAAUAAUCUGAACGUUCCAUCUAAGAAGAAAUAGAACAUUCUAUAUAUUAUUCUAUAUAAUAAUCUGAACGUUCCAUCUAAAAAGAAAUAGAACAUUCUAUAUAGUAUUCUAUAUAAUAAUCUGAACGUUUCAUCUGAGAAGUAAUAGAAGACUCAGCCUGAAUUUAUUUGACCUACCAGCUGCCUUCUGCAAUUAUCUGGAGAGUUCUUAGGACUUGCAUAUCCUCUUCUUUGACCUGUCCUGUCCAGGCCACCUGAUCUUUUUUUGGCUUUGAAGGUCCAUAUAUAUUGAGUUGACUAACUUGCUGUGUUAAGUAAACAUGUAUGUUCUUGUGCUGGGGAUUGCGUGUCUGUGUGCCCUUGUCAAUGGCAACACUGUAAAGAAGCAGGAGACCAUUGGAGGGGAGCGCUUUGUGUGCACUGCCCUGCCACCGGAUGCCAACCAUGGCUGUCCCAUGCCAUCCUUCCCCGCUUCCCAAGAAGAGGAACUUCGCUCCACCAUCCUCCACCUGAGAGAGACAAUCUUACAGCAGAAAGAUGCUAUAGGGAACCAGAAGGAGACUAUAAGGGAACUGACCUCCAAGCUGACCAGCUGUGAGAGCCUCUCUGAGGGCACAGGGCAGGAGGGCAAGCAUGGCUCCUGGAGAAAGGGCUAUGGCAAGGACACCAUGGGGGACUUACCCAGGGAUCCCACCCAGAUCAUCGACCAGCUCAGCCGCACCAUGCAGUCCCUGAAGGACAGGCUGGAGAAUCUGGAGGUAACUUAGAAUGCUGGCUGUGAUCUGAAAGUUUAGUGUCCCCUCCUCUCUAUAGCUAUGUAACAUAGUCUCCUCUCUAAAUACCCAGAUCCUCAAUGCUUUAAAUUCACACCAAGCAUGCUGGUCCAUUCAUAUAAUGUGAAGGGGAGACUGACUGGUCUUUCAGUAAUAGCACUGUAUUGAUAUUUCAUGCUGUGAGUGUUUGUACAGCUGGAUAAUUUGAUUGGAACACUGGGCAGGUCCACUGAUUCUGUAAAGGUUUAAUGGGGAGCUGUCCCAGGUGCUGAAAUGCUAUGCGAUGGAAGGUAAUAACUUAUUAGCCUGCCUGUCACAGCUGACACCGGAGCCAUUGGCUGUAUCAUCAUAAUGGGAUUAUUAUUGUUUUAUUAUUUAUAUAGCGCCAGCAAAUUCCGUAGCGCUGUACAAUGGGGAUUAGGAGUAUAGAGAAACGAGUGGCUGUAAUCAUGAUGCAGAUAACAUGCCUGCCCUGUGUGUUUUCUGAUAUGUGAAUUCUGUUCAGUUAGAAAGUUCCAUAGACUGGAUAGAUUGUAUCAUGACUGUACUCUCUUAACCAUGUGAUUGCCAGAUAUAUGAACAGCACAGAGCAAAGCAAUUUGAACUGCACAGAAAGGGUUACAUUCUACUGUGUGAGGGGGUGGGGUGACAUUCUAUCCUAUUGCAUUGUAGCCUCCUCUUAUACUGCUUCCUAACUCCUUAUAAUAUACUGAACUUACUAUACAUAUCUAUCUAUCUAUCUAUCUAUCUAUCUAUCUAUCUAUCUAUCUAUCACAAGCCAUACAAAGCAGAUCUAUUUAGUUUGUUUUGUAUGGGAUAUCCAUGAUCCCUUAUGUAGUUUGAAUAGAAUUUGGCAAUUUCAGUAGCCCCACAUUAACACAAAUUUGAUUUUAUAUGUGUUUCCCUCAUUUUCUGUAUACAGACUGAAACAUCUAGUUUAAGCACCCUAUCUGACACGUCCCUUAUUAACAGUGCUCAAAGAAGACUACAUUAGUGGAGUGUUUUAACAUGCAGGUUAUUCUCAAUUAGAAAUGUUGUAUUGCAUAGAGAGUUAACAUUUUUACAACCUUAACGAUCAGAGUAAUUAUAUUAGGUUUUUAACUGUCCAACUGGGGUGCUUUGCUGCAAUGGCAGGGCAAGCAUUAGAAGACUAAGCGUUAUCAUUAGCUGAAUUUAUUCAUCUGAUAAUGUUUAUAUGUUUUUAUAAUAUGAUUGACAAAAUGGAAUCUCUCUCCGUCUUUAUUUCUGUUUGGAAAUUAAAUCCAUUUUAAUUACCUAAAUCGUUAUAACUAUCUAACAUUAAUUAUAAACAUAUAAUUAGGAAUAUAUAUAUUUUAUAAUAUAUAUUUUAAAUUAGGUCAUGCAUUUAAUGUAAAAUAUAAUAUAUAUAUUCAGGAAGUUAAAUCUCUAAACAAUUCUUAAUUGUGCCACAAACAGUGUUCAUGAAUAAUGAUGCAUUUUCUGAGCUUUGUAAAUGGGGCUGCUCUGAAUAUAAAAAAAAAACCCCAAAAAAUAUUUUUUCCCUCAUUAUUUUAGUCAGGCUUGUUAUGCUGUGUAUUUAUAGUGAGUUGCACAUCCGUUUUUUCUUUUUUUAUUUCCACACAAAUCCUUUUAGCAUAAUAUCAUCUCAACUAUAGUAGCACAUGUAAAAUGUGAGACAAUUUGUAUAUUUCGAAGAUUGAGCCCAUUUAUUUCUACAAUCGCAUGUCAAUGUAAAAUUAUUAGAGCGUUCAAAACAAGAAUAAAGUCAAAAACUGUAACUGCACCAUUUAUUGGAACCCGUCAAAGAGAUUUGGCCAAAUGUAGAAUGAAAAAUUGUAGCUAUCGAUUAAUUCAUUUGAGAGGUUAGUGGGUUACACUAUUAUCUAGAUUCUAGAAACUAUAAUUUGGACAUCAUUUUUUUUCAAUGUGAAGUGUUAACUUGCAUUCUCUCUAGAGAGGCCAAGAACAUCCAACACAAAGCAUAAAAUGGAGAUCCUUCACCCUUUUACCAGAAGCCUAAUUGGUGUGUCUUUUUGUUAAAGCAUCAACUGAGAUCCAACGUGUCAUAUUCGGCUUUGCCUACUGAUCUUCGAGAGAUGCUUCAGAGGAAGCUGGGAGAUCUUGAACACCAGCUUUUAAACAAAGUAACUGAGCUCGAAGAGGAGAAGUCAUUGCUUCAUAACGAGAGCGCCACUCACAGGCACAAGACUGAGUCUACACUCACGGCCCUUUUGGAAAGAGUCAACGAACUCGAAAAAGGUAACUGUGACUAUGUUUGAGAUGGUUUCAUUCAUAAGAACCAUGUGAAUGCAUUCAUUGAUGGAUACAAAAGUUCACUGUGUGAAAUAAUAUAUUUUAGCUAAAAAAGAGGUGGUCACAAACAAUACUACUCUAAAUGGACCCGUAAACACAAGUGAGAAGUCUAGAAUUCACAUUUGAUAGGAUUUGCACUAAAUAUUUGAAAUGGCCCGCAAAUGGGUUUGUAUUUCUCUUUAAUAGUAUUGUUAUAAACACAUUCCUUUCCAACACCAUGUAUAUCAGGGCUUAUUAUCAUUUUGCACUUCAACACAAAACUAAAUUUUGCCAAAAAGCCAUUUACCAUCCCUGUUGCUCCAACACUGGUCUUCGUCCUGCAGAGAAAUUAUUUUUUCUCUCAAUGCUCCAUUCAGUUCAAUCUCUGCAGAGUGAUAGAAAAUGGCCCUCCUCCCACACUAGAGAAAUGGUUGAAGAUCAAAUUUCAUGGAUGCAAUCUAACAGCCAGGGAGGAUUGAGGAGUCAGUGCUAUGUAUACCCUGUGUUCUCUACAGGGAUUCUUUGCAGGCUGCAAUAACAGUUGCUUGGUAUAGCUGUACCUAUUGGAUGUGCCCAUUUUACCCAUAUACAGACAUUGAUUUUGCUUUCCAGGGAAAUUUUUAGGAAGUUCUAUUUUUUACAAAUACACGGAAGCUAGGUAUUUUUUUUAAAAUAUUUUUUACACUUUAUUUUGCUCCUAUGGUAACUUUUCCAGUCUGAUUAUCUGAUUGCAAAUAAGGUAUAACAUAAAUUAUUCUAAAUUUCAUCCAUUCAAUUUUCAAAUAAAGGGAAAUGUAAAUUAAUGUGUUUGAAUGGAUAUAAUUUUAAUUUUAUUGGUGAUUCUGUACAUUAACCUGCAGAAUGAUCCCAACAAAGCAACCAAUUAUGCAUGUUUAGAUGUAUUUUUUUUUUCUUGUAGCUCAUUGGCAACUGGGUCAUAUGCCAAGCCAUUAGGCUCAAAGCACUUCUUCUAAAGAUACAGAUUGUGUUGGAAAAAUGUUCUCCUUCACACCUCCUUCAUUCCUAUCUCUAAAGUAUAGUAGUGAAAAUCCUCUUUCUAAACCCUUUAGGGACCAUACUUGUCUAUCAUUCUAUCUUUAGUUUGUUUAUGACCAUCUUUGUAACAGAUCCUAUGAUUGACAAUACUGUAUCUUGAGUGGUUUUGCUGUAGCUGUAGGCUUUUUUGCAUUGAUAUCUGAAGUAGAAGGUUGUUCUGCUUUUCUGUCUUAAAUUAUUAACAUCAUCCAAACCCAUAGGAAAUAUGCCAUCCUGUAACCAGUACAGUCAUACAAACAAAUUUUUCCAAUUCUACCAAUAUUGUAACAUUUUAACGACAGCACCCAUAACCUAGAUGGCUUCACCCAAUCAUUCGUGGUAUCUCAAGAUACUUCAUUCUUUAUCAAGAGAUGGCCAUGCAUCCAACAUUGUUGUAAAGAAUGUUGAGCUGGCAUUGUAUUCAUUUUAGACUUGCAAUAUAAAAAUGUAUAUCAUGUGAGAAUGUCGAACUAUGACAUAAAAACUUGGCAUGUCCCAUUAUAUUACAUAUAGUGUUUUCACAUUGCCUCCGGCAAACUUGUAUCUAGAUCAUUGACCCAUGAACCUAGCACAUAACUAUAAAAUUGUGUGUGUGUGUGUAUAUAUAUAUAUUACAUGUGAUAUAUGAAAAAUGGUUCACAUUUGCUGACAAUAGCUAGGAUGUGAAUAUUACUCAAAGCAAUAAUUUUUCCAAAUUUUUUAAUUUUAGAUUUCAGUUCAACACAGUCUACUCAUUAGUUUAGAAUCCCCCUAAAUAUUGAUUGUAAGUAAUAUAAUUCCUAAAGGGUCUGCAGAGAAGGCAACCAAUCUCAACACAAGGAGGAUAUAAAAUAAGCAAUAACAGGUGUCUCAAUAUUAAGUAUAAACUCAUCAUUGUAACAUAUAUAGUCGAAAAUACUCUCUAGAAGGAAGUUGACUAUGGGUAUUGUUUAGAAAAAUACAUUGAAAUCCAAUAUUUAUUUUCUACAGAAGACAUGACCAGGAUUUUCACUCUUGUUUACUAAAAUAAGUUAAAUUUUUGAAAAAUUCUGCAUUCUUUCUAAGGAUCUUCUUAACCCUCUCAUGAUUCAUGAUGCAAGUGUAUUUGCUUAAUCAACCUUUAAUAUAUAGAAGUCACAAGUGAUUCUACAUAUUUUAAACACCAAGAGUAUUUGGAAUUGAAAGGAAACAAAUUAAUAAAAAAAAUGUGUCAUAUUGUAGACAUCCCACAUUGAAAGUAUGAUUAAACUUCUGUGAUAAAGUCAGUAAGUGACCAGCUGUGUCAGGGGUGUGUCAUUUGUCAUUGUUAUCUCUAUACAUUUAUGCAUAUAUAUGGAUGUAGCUAAAUUGCUCUUUCUUUUCCAAAUUUUGUUUUCCUUCCUUUAUACAUCUGGUGCCCAAUUCUUUUCAAAAUAAAAGCAUCAUAGGAAACAUAGAAUAAUGUUACCCAAAAUGGGUAAUAUUAUUUAAUCCUUUUGAGUGCUCUCACCAUUCUUUCUGUUAACCAAUCACUCUCACUUGUUUAGUGGUCAUUGUGGCCCACUAAGGUGAUUGUAGCACCAGCACUUUAUUCUUAGGAAUUUUUCACUUGUGUAUUGUAUUUUAUCAUAGGAAACAUAGCCCUCAAAAAUGUAAGGAAAUGUUGUCACUAGUAAUGCUGAUUAACCAUAACAAUGCAGAUGAUGAUGGAACAGACUUCAAAUUCACAACAUCUUAUAUCAGCUUAAUGAUGCAUGUGCAUAAUGCAUAUAGGAAAUGGUUGCUGAGUGGGUAGGUGAAUUUAGCUAGAUUGGUGAAAAAAUAUAGGUUGUUGGGUACAAAGAGCCAGGUGACUGUUUGGGUUGGUAGGUGACCUGGUGUGUAGGCGUAUGUGAACAGGGUGGUGGAUGAUGGGUAAGAUAGGGUAGGUAUGUUUGGCUAUAGUUAGGCAUGUGACUGGAUGAGUGACUUUAACUGAGUUGGUAAGUAUAUGUAAUUCAGUGGGUGGGAUCAAUGUGAGUAAGUGGGCUAUUUGUGAAAUGUUUGGCUGGGUGAAUAUGACUGGGUGACUGUGUGUAGCAUGUCAUACGUAUGUGACAGGAUGCAUGAGUGUAACUAAAUGAGAUCUGGUGAGUGGGACUGGUGACAGAGACUGGAUGAGUCACGUUAUAGCCAUGGGCUCUGUUAGCAGACUAUUAUGGGUGGGUGAUUGUAAAAAAAACACAUGAGUGGCAGACAGAGUAAAUUUGUUUUCAAAGAUGUGGUACCUGGGAGUACUGUACCCUGGGCACCCGCAUUAGAUUACCCUUAAGAUGUGCUCCUUCACAUAUUUCUCAUAAUCAGGACAGUAUUCUCCACAUUAUUUUUCCAAAAUAUUGUAUUAUUUGUUAUGGCAAAAAGGAUCAUUACAAUUUUCUUCACAUUAUAAGGAAUUAUUCAUUCUGGUUUAUAAAAUUAGUAUUUUGUAACUCCACUAGGACCAAAGUAUUAAGUCAAGUGGAUCAUGGAUAUUAGUACAUUUUUAAAAAGUAAUAUAAAAAGCCUGUAGGGAGGCUUUGCUCAAGUAACAUGAUAGUUAUAUAAUUAAGUUAGGUCCCAGCCUAGGUGCAUACUAUGAAACGUUUGGGGAUCAUAUUUUGAAAUAUACAUUUAAAGGCUGCACUUACCAAACAAAAACUCAUUUUCUAAGCUGGCUAUCAAGAGCUUUGCAAGUAAUUUACUCUGAAAGAGUGGGAUGGCUGGAUGAAAAUGUGUACGUUUGGGGUAUUUAGAUUAAUGUUUUCCACCUUAGUUGUGAUUUCUGUAGUUUAAUCUCUUAUUCUAGGUAUGCUACCAAAAAUAUCAAAAACAUAAUAAAAAUAGUGAAUUUGAUAGUCAAGUGGACUUAUCUCUGAUCUGUGGUACUUUGCAGCCUGGCAGCACUGUAAUGUUAGGCUAUGAACUCUUAUUUGUAAGUGCUGAUGGUCACAUCAAGGAGGAAGAUACAUUCUUUGGCAUAGUUGCCAUCUUGGUUCCGGGGCUCUUCUGCAUUUGCUGCAUAUAUUUGCUUGUGCCUCAAGUAUUACAUAUCUCCGAGUCCUUGACAUCAUUGGGCUGCUUUCUCAUGCUUUUCCAUGUGGUUUAAAUUAAGUUCUAGUGUUUUUAGCACUGACUAAUAGGCUGUAAAUUUGCAUAUAGCUUCAGAGCUCUUGAAAUGUGCAUUUGCUUGAGUAGAGUGCUAGUUCCACGCCUUGUGUCUUUCUUAUUUAUCAGUAUUAGCUCUAUACAGUAUUACAGUCCAUAAAGGACAUUUUGUAAUAGGAUCCUCUUAGUCUUGUGGUUCCCAACUCAGUCCACAAAGCACACCACAUCAGUAUCACCAUUGGAAUAGGGAAAUGCCUAAAUCCUGGAUUGAUGGUUGGGCAAAGGUCUAUAACGUUGGGUAAAUGUUGGACAAAGGUGUAUUAAGGUAAUGAGACAACUGGGAGAAGUUCUUUAUCUAUGCCACCCCUCAACCCCCAAAUUAUAAUGACUUGCCUCUGACAAAUUGCAGGCUUGCCUAUGAUUGCAGUUGGUGUGUGGAUGCUAGAUGGCAGGGAUAUGAUGUUUCUUCAUGUCCUCACCCACUUCACACAGAGCAUUCUAUUUCAGAAGUGCUUCACCAGAUACUGAGAAGGCUGUGGAGACAGAAGACUGAGAACAGAGAUUCAUUACUAAACGUGAUUCUGCAGAGCUAGCUCUAGAACCAUCCUCUUGGUCGGAACCAGAGAUAAAAUAAAUUAGUCAUAGGGUGUUUGUGCGAUAUCUCUGAUCUCCCCAGCUGUCCCUCUGCACCUGACAAGUGUUACUUAUCACUCAAGAACUUAGGCAACUGCCUGAUUGGCCUAACACUGGGGCUGCUCCCUUUCCCAACAGAUUGGCACCCAGGGACAACUGCUUCCUCUGCCUCCAUCUUGCUACACCGUGAGCCUGGGAGCCACUGUUUUAGAGAGCAGAUGCUAUGAAGGCAUUCUUAUUGGUUUGGAUUUUGAAACCUAAAGUGGUUAAUGCAUAUUAAGAAGAGUUGGAAAGAUAUCUACAAUGAGGAAUAGUAACUGUUUGACCAAAUGUAUAUAAUAAUGAUGUAACACUGACUUGUGGAUGGCACACUACAGAAAUAGUUUUUUUGUACAUCACAUUACAUUACUAUCGUGUCAUUCUUUUUAUAUAUGGGUGAGUCAAAUGUCUUAAAAUGCUAAAAAAAAUAUUAAAAUACUACAUGAGAUUUGCUGGACUGUGCACAAAUGGUCCAGAAUAUGUGCACUUUUCUACUUACCUAUAUGUAGCCAAUUGAAAUGCGAAUGAUAAAGUUUAGCCAAAAAUAGUUGAAAAAUUCUCCAACUCAGCUGUGAUCAUAACGUGGCUAUCUUAUACUAAAUUUUGCCUUUUGGAUUUCAAUUCAGUACAUUCUGGAGCUUGGCAAUAAUGAUUUAUCAUUCUCUAGAUCUGUUUGCGAAUCAUAGUGCCAUUUUUUUAAAUGAGUUAGCUACGGAAGCCACCAUUAAAGGCUAUGGCCAUUUUUGUAGAUCAAGCAUUUGAAAUGUUUUUUUUCUAACAGAAUGGAAUAAUUUCUGAUUCUGAUCUAAACGGCCCAAAUUCUAAAACAGAAACUAAAAUAAAGAUUUGCUAUUGUCUAAGUCUGUUGUAUACUCACAACAGUGUUUAGAACAGAAGUUCUUUUCUUUUUUUUUACCUUUUCUGACAUAGAUCCCAAAUUAUUUACCUAGCAUUAGCUUUUUGAGCUAUCCUUCAAUUGUAAAAUGAGCUAAUUAUCAGCUCCAAAGAGUGUAAGUGAUUUUCCUUUUAUUUAUCUCACCAAUUAUUUGAAAAUAUUACACCAUAUUUUGUGUUUGUCCUCUCUCUUACAUGUUGAAUUUUCCUGAUUGGAUUUUGAGGAUAUUUUUAAGGCGCUGUUUCCAUCUAUACCUUUUCCACCUUUUAAUUAACUGUCUCAUAAUUAUAGAUACCCCCAAUGAUGUAAUGUUAGUGGCCCUUGAGAAUACAUGUCAGUUUUAGAGUGACAUAUGUGAUCUCUUAUGGAAUAUAUGACACCUUUGUGUUCACAAAAUCUCAGGAGGGACUAGGGUCAAAGGUAGCUGCUUGCUCAUUAUGAGUCAGCACUGUUUGUGUGCGUGCUUGAGAGUGUUUUUACUUUUGUGUGCUUGUGAAAAACACUGUGUUUGUGUAUGUGUGCGUGUGCCCAUGAAAUUAUGUGUGUGCUUGUGUGUGUACAUGAAAGGAAGUGUAUCAUGUGUGUGCCUAUUACAUAUGUUUGUGCUUCUGUGUGUGUGCAUUCAUGUGUGUGUGUGAAGGGAAACAUUUUUCUUGCUGAAGUGUGACUCGGUGGUAGAUUUGUGUGACUCAGUGGUAUACUGGUGUGACUCAGUGGUAUACUGGUGUGACUCAGUGGUACCAGCAUAAAUAAGGGUAAUUUAGAUUUUGUUCCUUUGAACUACAGUACAUAACACAAUACGAAAUGGAGGUUGUUACAAGAAUUUCUAGAACCACAAAAUGGUGUUUAGCUUAGCUUACUGAGCUUCUACACUGACCGUUACUUCUUCAGUCUGCAAAGGCAAAAAGAGUGAAGUACAUUUCUUAAUUUAAUCAAAAAUAUUGCAUUGGCAUACUACAUUGUAGUAUUUUUUAAAAUGCAUUGCUAUCAGUUUCUCUCCCAAGGAGAAUAGCAGGACACUAAAAUAUAAUGGAAUAUAACAUUUUCUCAGAACUCUGCUUGUCAGUCUAUAAUGUUCAUUAGCACACAAGGAAUACUGUAAGCACUAUAACCAUUUCAUCUCAUUGAAAUGGAUAUAAUGUCUGGAGUCCCCUGGAAGUGUCCCUCCAUUCCUUGUUAUACCAAUUUAAAGCAGUUUAACACUAGGUGAGGGUCCCUGGCCAACCACAGCCCCGCCCCCACUGGACGUCUGGCUAAGGCAGACAUUACACACUUCCUUCUUGCUAUACCAAUUCAUACCAGCAAUGGGAACUGACAGGUUGAAUUAGGUGGUUGACACUCUCAGUCAAUCACAGCCAUCCACUGCUGCUCAGGCUAAUGCUCCUUAUUAUCCCAAGCAGCACAGAGAGGAUUGGCUGCUGGGGACACUUAUUUAGCAUUAAAACAUAAAAAAAGAGUUUAACACUGGAUGGAAGGACAGUGCCACGGGACUUCAGAUACUAUAACCACUUCACUGAGAUGAAGCAGUUAUGGAGCCUGUAGUGUCUCUUUAAGGAAGAUAUCCUACAUCGGCAAUGGUUAUAUAAUAGUUUUCAAUUUUAUUUGGCUUUUACCUAAUAUUUUUAAAUCUCAUUAAGGGAAUCUGAUUCCAACAACAGUGUUCUUCCAAUUUCCAUAUGUGCUCAGCUGCUAUAAAUAUAAUCUUGUUUGAAAACGUGAAGGGAAUUAUUCACUAAACUGAUUUAUAAUCAGUUAAUGAGUGACUUGCAAAAUAUUUAGGAAAUGCAUGAAUUGUCUUAUUUACUAAAUACUACAAUUCAGUCCAAAAUAUGUGAUUAAUAUUGAUCUAAAUCUUGCAAACUGGUUGUCAAUUCAUGUCAAGCUCACAAUUUAGUGAAUGCCCCCAUGUUAUUUUUCUCAGUUGAUCCAGUUUUUGUUGAUAUAGAUUAAGUUGAUAAACUAAGAAACAUAACAUUUACUGCUUUUAAUUGAUUAAUAAUAUUAAUUUUUAGCUCAUUGAGGUAAGAUAAAUACAUAAUAUUUUGUGGUUUUUCCCCAUAUUGUUCCUCUAGGUAGCAGCGCUUUUAAAGCACCAGAUGAAUUUAAGGUGUCCCUCCCUCUACGUACCAACUACCUGUAUGGUCGGAUCAGGAAGAGUCUGCCUGAGCUCUAUGCAUUUACUAUCUGCAUGUGGCUGAAGUCCAGCGCCUCACCUGGAAUUGGGACACCUUUCUCUUACGCUGUAUCGGGUCAAGCCAAUGAGAUUGUGCUGAUUGAAUGGGGGAAUCAUCCAAUUGAACUGCUAAUAAAUGAUAAGGUAUGAGCUAUCUACUGUUAAAUAAAUACUAUAUACCAUUGUAAAGAGAGAUGUUAACUUGCGGGAUGUUACCUUGGUUUAUUUUGUUUGUUUUUAACUCUACUUUAGUUGCUGAGUCCUGCUAUGUCAAAAUUUUCAACACAAUCAAGUUUGCCAUUAAAGGGACACUCCACUGCCCAAAAAUAAAUACAUCACUAUUUAGUAGAUAUACCCUGAAUUGAAACAUAAGUGUAUUUAAUUAUGCAUUUUAUCAUUGGGGAUAUAUCUAACAGCUGGCAAAAGCUACAGAUCUCUUGUCUGCAGCCUUUGUAGGCUCUACCCUUCUAACCCCGCCCACGCUUUCUGCUGCUGUCCAAUCAGUCUUUCCAAUGCAGCUCAAUGAGAAGUCUUUGUAAGGCAACUGAUCUAGGCAAUUGCUGCCUCUUGAGUUUAGCUUCACAUAGAUAACCAAAUCAGGAAGUACCUAUCAUAUUCUUCACUAGAAUUUACUAGUUAGUGAAUAAACUAUUUUGUUGUCUUGUGCUUUAGAUUAUAAUUAUAAUUUAUUGUACAACACAAAAUAUUUAUUUGCACUAGAUUAUCAACUGUAUGGCAGUUGGUACACCUAAUGUUUACUCAGGAUGACAUUAUGGGUAGCGUGUUGGAUUUUUAUAUCCUGGCACUAUUGUAUAUGGUAGAUUUAUUUUUUAUUUUUUUAUUCUUUAUUUUGGAUGUGCAAGUUAUUACAAACAAAUGCCCAGUGCCACAACUACUGCUGCACGCAAUUCAGGUAUUGACAGAUUAUAACAUUUGUUUGUCAUGUGUAACAUUUGCAAAGGUUUUAAAAAAAAAAUAAAAUGCAAUAAAAGAGAAGAUUUUAGAUUCAUAAGGCAUGACUUUGAGCAAGAAACAUGUAACUUAAAGAAUCACGGUGAAACAUGCUAUAAAUAUAAAAGAGAAAGAAAGAUAGAAAGCCUUCUCAAUCUCCUUCGUAGCUUCCAUCUCGGCACCGGAUCAGGAUUGCUCCUCUGGACAGGCUGCAAACGGUUAGGACAGCAUGCUUGUGGUGUCUGGCUUGGCUUAUUGUAGUCCAAAAUGUUGCCCAAAGGUGAUCUACGGCCUGUGAGAGUCUUGUAGCAGAGAAUAUCCGCCUUUCGCGGGCUGAGGAAGGCUCAAGUCUCUGAGCACUGUCCAUCUUGGAUGUUAGACCUCAGGUUGUCAGCUUCUCUGGAGCCGAGUAACACCUUGCAGAGCACUGUGUUGUUUACCAGUGGGGAACAGGAUAUCCCUCACCGGUCCAGAGGGGGGGGGAACAGGGCACAGAAAAAGUUCAAGCUGGAGGAUAGGCCGCCUCCCCCCUCCCAACUGCUCCUGCAGGCCACUGAGGCAGUCAACCUGUGUACCAGAACACUACGUGCAUCAAGAAAUAUAUCAAUCGAUCGGCAAUGUGUUCCCCAAAGAAUAAAUUUGGGUUUUAAGGUGUGGAUUUCUCAUGGUGCCAGUUAAAAAUCGGCAAAAUAAGGUUGUCUCUGGGGAGCACCAGUUAUGUGCAUGUGCCCCAGUCAGCAGCUUGGCCCCUGCCCCCUAUGUCAGUGUAUUUUAAAGGACCACUAUAGUGCCAGGAAGGGGUUAAAAUCUUACCUUUCUCCAGCGCCGGGAGGGGAGCUUUCCUCCUCCUCUCCUCCUUCCUAGCGACGUCAUCGGCUGAAUGCGCAUGCGUGGCAGGAGUAAAUUUCCUAUGGACGCUGGCGUCUUCUCCCUGUGAUUUUCACAGUGAGAAGCACGCAAGCGCCUCUAGCGGCUGUCAGUGUAAACAUAGCAGUUUCUCCGAAACUGCUAUGUUUAUAAAAAAAGGGUUAACCCUAGCUGGACUAGGCACCCUGACCACUUCAUUAAGCUGAAGUGGUCUGGGUGCCUAUAGUGGUCCUUUAAGGCUGAAAAUUGGUAGUAAUGUAAAAAUGUUGCAUUAUUAAGAAUUGUGGGACUAAGUAUCAACUAAAAGCUUACACUGGAAGUACAUUUUUUUUUUUUAAGGAUUUUCUAAAUUACUGCUGCAUAUCUGUUCAGAGGUCAACUGUGUUUUAUUGCCCUUGUAUGUACAUAGUACAAUUACAAUAAAGUUUAAUCUGAAUCUGAAUUUGAAAAAUAUUUUUUUUUGUUUAGUUUACAUCAUGCUAUAUUUUUUUUAAUCAUCUUUAAUCGUCUGUUGUACACAGGCCCGGACUGGCCAUCGGGCACACCGGGCAAAUGCCCGGUGGGCCGCGGUGGCCAUGGGCCGAGGCCGGCAGGGGAGGUUACAAGAUCUCCCCUGCCGGUCUAUGCAGGGCCGGCACUCUCCUAGCGCCGGCCCCGCUGUUUGCCAUGGAGGGCCGGUGGGGAGAUCAAGGAUCUCCCUGACCGGCCCACAUGCGGCCGCCGGCGGGGAGGGAGACAGCCAGCUAGCCAGGCUGGAGAGAGGACCCGGCGGAGCUCUAACUUGCAACUCCGCCGGGUUCCUCUCGCGAGAUCCGGCGCGUUGCCAUGGCAACGACCGGAUCUCGCGAGAGUGAACUCUAACCUCACAGGCUAGAGUUCACUCACCCACGAGGACCACCAGGGAACACUGCCUCCCCGCCUCCCAGUCCCAGCGUGCCGGUCCCCCCCCCUCCCAGGCUAAAGGUAAGAAGGGAGGGGGGGAAAUAAUGACUUAUUUUUAUUUUUAUUUUAUUUACCCCCCCCUACACACACACACAAUAACAUUUAUACAGCACUCUCACACCCAUCACACACAGCACUCUCUCACACAUCACACACAGCACUCUCUCACACAGCACUCUCACACAGCACUCUCACACACAGCACUCUCACCCAUCACACACAGCACUCACACACAUUACACACAGCACUCUCACACACAGCACUCUCACCCAUCACACACAGCACUCUCACACACAUUACACACAGCACUCUCUCACACAGCACUCUCACCCAUCACACACAGCACUCUCACACACAUUACACACAGCACUAUCACACACAGCACUCUCACACACAUUACACACAGCACUCUCUCACACAGCACUCUCACACCCAUCACACACAGCACUCUCUCACACAGCACUCUCACACCCAUCACACACAGCACUCUCUCUCACACCCAUCACACACAGCACCUCACACCAGCGCACUCUCACAGAGCACUCUCACACACAGCACUUUCACACACACACAGCACUCUCUCACAGCACUCUCUCACAGCACUCUCACAGAGCACUCUCUCACACCCAUCUCACACACCCAUCUCACACAGCACUCUCACACCCAUCACUCACACACGGCACUCUCACACACAUCACACACACCGCACCCCUCACACACACACACCGCACCCUCACACACACACAUACUGCACCCCUCACAUACACACAGAACCCCCCCACCACACACAUACACAAUACUUCCAAAUAUAUAUAUAUAUAUACACACACACACACACACACACACUACACUCUUAAAGGACCACUCUAGCCACCCAGACCACUUCAGCUUAAUGAAGUGGUCUUGGUGCCAGGUCCUUCUAGGGUUAACCACAGAGAAACUGCUAUGUUUAUCAAUGGGUUAAGCCUUCCCCCAAAGCCUCUAGCAGCUGUCUCAUUGACAGCCGCUAGAGGCGCUUGCGUGCUUUUCACUGUGAAAAUCACAGUGAGAGCACGCAAGCGUCCAUAGGAAAGCAUUAUAAAUGCUUUCCUAUGCGACCGGCUGAAUGCGCGCGCAGCUCUUGCCGCGCGUGCGCAUUCAGCCAGACGGGGCGGAUCGGAGGAGGAGAGCUCCCCGCCCGGCGCUGGAAAAAGGUAAGUUUUAACCCCUUUCCAGAGCCGGGCGGGAGGGGGUCCCUGAGCCACAUAUGCAUCACAUUACACCACAAACACAACACAACUAAAACCGACCUUAUUACACAAUACCACACCACGACCAGCUCACUCUACACACACGCAAUACCACAAGCAGGCUCCAAACACAUGCACAAUACUCUUUCCUGGCCUUUUGUCUCCUGGUAUCCAUUUAUAGAGACACCAGAGACAAGUUGCAAGGAAACACAGUGCAAGCAUGUUAUUAAAUUUGCUUGCACUGUGCAGAACAAAUACAGGACUUUUUUCUCAUGCUAGAGCUCUUCAGCAGAGCUCUGCGCAUGGUCUGCCCUGGAAGAGCAUUGAACCAACAUGCUCACUUUGAGAGGAGGCGUGUUUGUCAUUGGUGAUGACAAAACACACCUCCUCUGCCCCGCCCCCUUUUUAGUGGGCCGCUGUGUUAAAAAAAUGCCCGGGCCGAAUUUUUCUCCCAGUCCGGACCUGGUUGUACAUGACCCUAAUUGUUUUUACUGUACAAUAAAUUAUUCAUCACUAGAAAGAGGCUCCCGGAUGCGGAUUAUUGGUAUCUAUAAAACAUUGUUUAAUAUAAGUCUUAACUUCUCAAUUUCCUAAUACAUGAAAACUCAAAGGCUUAUUCACUAAACUUUGAAAUAAGAGGGCAUGAAAAUAGGAUGUGCUAAAAGAUUGGGAGAUUUUUUUUUAUUUUAUUUUUUUAUCAAAUCAGCUGCCUUAGUAUGAAUUUUGCAUUUUGAUUUUCCGUUCAUUGCAGUUCACUAACUAGUGGAAAAAAUGCAAUUAUUUUUUCAAUGUGGCACUUAGCGUGCUGGGACCUCACAUUAAGAAGAGUGCUGAAGGUUGAUUUUCUUCUCAUUGAGAAGGAUGCACUGCUCAAAUAUAUAAAUGUACCGAACAAGAUAGUAGAAUUCACUGGUGCAUCCAUGUGCAUAGUAAGAAUAAUUAACUGUACACUGUGGUUACAACAUUGUGUUUCUCCACUAGCUAAUAGACCUGUAAGGAGAUAUUCCCAUGAUGCAUUCUAAUACUGUUGCUAGGAGACCUGCUGUACCAUUCGGUUAGUUGGAAUGUUCACAGCUUGUUAGAAAUACAUAAAGGUUUUACAAUCUGCUACAAAUUCAUGUAUUUUCAUCCUUCCCAGCAUUUCCACUCAGUGUAUUAGAAAGCUACAGUUCAAUAAGAGCCCGUGUUAUGAUUUAGUAAAGGAAUUAGAAAAUACAGUCGCUAGUUGAGCCAGAAAAUAUCAUCAACAUUAGAACAAAACAACAGGUGGUCAGUUGAGUUUUUCCAUUUAUAUCACCCAAUUAACGUGCUACGCAAACAAUAGAUCCCAGACCUCUUGGGGAAAAACACAAUUUCUGGUGGUCCAGUGGGAGUUGUCUCUUCCUUUACUUCCUUCCUUUGAUCUAUUUUAGCAGUAACUAUGAGUGGGAUAUUGUAAUGCCUGACAUUCGUUCGGUUUCUACGGCCAAGGAUUAGUGGAAUAAAAAAUUGAGAGAUUUUUUACGUCAAUGCCCCAUUCUCACUAUUCCAUUUUAAUAAAACCACCAAGUAAAGAAACCCAUGUUCUCCUUGGCUCAUGUGACAUCUACACCUACUAUUAAUGUGUCAUAAAACAGAAUGCUAUAUGACAAGUGAUCUAUUUAAUACAAAUAUUAACUAAAAGCAAUAUGUAAAUCUUCAUAGACCUGUUAUAGGUAAAACAUAAUAUUUUAUUAAUUUGUCAUAUUAAUGCUGGGUUUUAAUUCAUUGUUUGAAUGCAGGUAGCCCAACUCCCAUUUUCUAUUGGGGAUGGUAAAUGGCAUCACCUCUGUAUCACCUGGACAACCAGAGAUGGAUUGUGGGAAGCUUUCCUGGAUGGGGAGAAGCUUGGUUCGGGGGAAAACCUUGCUCCUUGGCACCCAAUUAAACCAGGUGGAAUUCUCAUUCUUGGUCAAGAGCAGGUGAGUGAGCAGUGCCAUUGUUUCUUAUACAAGAUGUGUAUUGUGGAAACAUUCUAAAGCACAAGUCUUAUUUAUAGAUGACUUCCCGUUCUUUCUCUAAAAUCUCUCUCGAGAUCAAUGUCCUUUUCCACAUUCUAAAUAAAUUUAUCAAUCUAAAUCAUGAUUUAAAAGACUCAUAUCCAAUAUCUAUUUUGGUUUGCAUGUUAAAUUAAUAAUUUCCAUAAUUUGAAAAAAAAUGGAAGUAUACAGUUUUACCCAAGAUGCAUUUCAUUUUCAAAUGGUUUCCAGUCCCAGCAUUACUGACCUUAUGAAAACACAGGCAGUACUGAAAAUAGCUAGGGUGUAUUAUUUAUGGCCUGUACUUCUGACAAAAAAUAGAAAUGAGAGAGGAAUAUUAACAGUUGGGUUUUAAUGUUAUUAAUGUAAUUCCUAGUAAAUAAAAAAAAUAAUAUAUCUCACCCUACAUAGCUGCCUAUCUCUCUUCUACUUUUUAACCCCAUUACGCUCUAUCAUUGACGGCUAAUAUUGUUGUGUUUCUUCCCCAGAUCUCGCUCCCUACGUCCCCAACACAAUCUCUCCUUUAUAGUCCGGUAUAUCUUCCUAUCCUUUGAAGGUCUAUAGCUCCCCUCACUUUCUCAAACUCAUUUUGUUCUGUAGGUUUCAUCAUUCACAGACUUAAUCACAAGGAGACUCUCGCCACACGCCUGUCAUACACUAAUUUUUUACUUUAUUCAUGUUCUGGUCUGCCACAUUAGUUUUAUAAUGCAUUUCCUGGCACAUUAGUUACUAAUACAAUUGGGGUUAUUUACUAAAAUGAGAAUUGUAAACAUUUCAGUUCAGCUACUUUGGCAUUAAAUUUGAAAUUCACUUUGAAUUCAAUUUUAUUUCCUAAAAUUUUCACUUCAGGAAAUAACCCAGAGUGAAAAGUUUAAAACCUAUGAUGUCAUUACUUCACUAUAUUAGUUGAAACCACAACAGAUUGUUACGGUUCAAGGAAAAGAGAUUUUUUGCUGCAGGGCCACCAACCUCUAGUCCCCUCAAACUACACACCAAAGAUUGCUAUUCACACCUUGCACAUAAAAGAGCCAAAAUAUAUGGAAGCCAGCGUAUUAUUAACCCUUAAUAGGGAACAUAUGGGGUGGGCGGCUGCACUGUAAGAUGGCUGGUAAGAAAAAAAUCAAAGAAAAAAGUUUCUUGCAUAGUAUCCCACUAUCACUCCAAUGGCGAUUUAAGGUUAAGCUCAGCCAUAUUAUAUUGCUGCUACACAUACCAUGCUUUAUUAAGUAAAAAUAAAGAGAAAGUUACCUGCACUCUGGCCCAAAUCCCUAUGAACAUUUAAACAAAAAAGGAUUUGGCGUAGUGCGCGAGUAACUUUUUUAUUUUUUAAUUGUAUGUAUUGGCGCUGAUAUUUACUAUAGUCAUUGUUGCUCCCCAGGAGUAGUGGGAGAUUCAGUGCAGGACUUAAUUUUGUAUGUUAUGAUUAAAUCUACCUCAUUUGAGGUCUAGAGGAAAAUCAAGUUAGUUGCCAAAUAUAAACAAAUUUUGGUAAUAGCUAAGCCACUGACAUUCAAUGCUAACUUUUUUCCACCUACUUGCUGUUUGUAAUGUAUUGUAUUUAUGGUUUUCUCUAAAAGGACACAGUUGGAGGAAGAUUUGAUGCAACUCAAGCUUUCGUUGGAGAAUUGAGCCAGUUUAACAUUUGGGACCGGGUCCUUAAAUCAGAUGACAUCGGAAAUAUUGCAAACUGUUCCAUGAACAUGCCUGGAAAUAUCAUACCUUGGGUUGAAAACAAUGUUGAGGUUUUCGGAGGGGCAACUAAAUUGCCUCUGGAACAAUGUGAAGACCGUCUGUUAAAUUUAUAGCUAUAAUAUGAAGCCCCUUUGUGCCCAGUUUUAUUGAGACAAUCUCUGACGAGGUUAUUUAUUGUAAAUUGCACUUAUUUAUUUAAAUACGAUUUUGUAAAACCAUUGAUUGACAGGUCAAGAAGAAUUAAUGACAAAGACACAAACCCAUAUAUUCAAGGUCUGGCUAGCAACUUUUUGAGACUAUAUAUUCACUUACUUUAGGACAGUAAGGAAUCUAGAUUAACUUUCUUAUAGUUUUUUUCAGAAUGAAUCAAAUAAUUAAAUUAUUACAAUUGACUUAAUAUAAUUUCCAAUUAUAACUAGCCUGCCAUUAUUUUUUGUAUAUAGCAUUGUUUCUACCCUCUUAGAAAUGGUCUUAAUCGACUUAACAUGGACCUGUCACCUUCACCAUUGUACUAAAUAAUGGCCAGAAAUCUAACUAUUCGAUUUAUUCAAGCAUUCUUCAAAACUGCAUAGAUUGUAUUCUGUGUUAGAGUAUCAGAUAAAAUCAUCAUGAAUGGGAAUGGGAGGGUAUUUUUACAAAAAACAAAAAAAUAAAAAAAUCUAAUCAAGCGAUAUUGAGCAAACUUUUUGAACAAAUUACUUUUUUAUGACAGGAUAUGACGGCUUAGUGCAACUAUUUUCUUCCCUUUUCAUGAACUCCUGUUGAGGGCCUACUUAAAAAUAAAUAAUAACCACAAAAUAGAUUUAUAAAGUUUUUCACUAAGUCAAUCAUUGUGAAGAAGUGACAAGAGGAAUGCAAAUGUUAUGCAAAAAGAUCAGUAAAAAAAAAAUUGCUUUUUAUCUAAAUUUGAAAUUCCUUUGCCACAAUAAUUUCUGGUGCAUUUUAGGUCUUUCCACUCGGUGGCUGAAAAAGUGCAAACAUUAUAAUAUUUUUCCUUUUGCAUGGAAUAUUUAUCCUGUCUCUAACCAUGAAUGAUUCAAUAUUUUAACAAAUUAACUUGACAGAUGUAUGAGUUAUAAGUUUAUUCACAAAAGUGUAAACUGUCAGACAUUCUGAUUUAGUUUUUUUUUUCAGAUUUAUGGCCUCAAAUUUGAAAUUUACUUUCCAAUGAAUCACACUCUACUGAAUAAACUUGUCUUCUGUGCAAUCUUGUAGACCUCAAUUUAAUUUGUUUGAAUCGGUAUUUCAAAUGAUCACAGUCUGUUAGAAAAAAAGCUUUUUAAAAUUAUUUACUAGAAAAGUCACUUAUAUUUUAAUGGUGACUUCUUUGGAUAAAUAAUAUGAACAAAUUGUGACUAUUUCAUAAAUGAUGAUCCAAAUUAAUUAAAUCGAGGCCAACAUUUUUUAUGUAAGUAACAAGUCACAUUUGCUGAAUAAAAGUAUAAAUGUAAACUCUAUAAAUAUAUCUUUACCAAGUUGGGUGGAGAUUUAUAUUAAUGUCCAUUUCAGUACUUUUGUGUGUAUUUUCUGACAACAUUAGUGUUUAUUAUACAAUAUGAAUGAAUUAUAUUUGCACAUACAAUUAAUAUUUCUUCUAAGUAAAUGUAUUGCUCAUCCGACCAAAAAAAAAGCUUUAAAUUAAUCUCUUUUUAAUGCACUUGGCCAUUUUAACAACAAGGUAAAUAAUUAUAAAAUGGAAAAUAUAUUCUCAAAGGUACAUUAACGUUUAAAACAAUUAUUUUACAUAAAUAUUUCAUUUUAUUAUUUCAAACGUUUGGUGUAUUGUAUUGUGGACUCAUUAAAAUAUUAUUUUGACAGCAGAAUUUUGCAUCACAAGCUCUGCAAAUUAAAUCUUUCAUUAAAUGCAAAUAAUAUGCACAAUAUUUUAAUUUGGAUUUAAUACCAAACCUACAAUUAGCAGUUACAGAAGGAUUGAGGCUGAUUUUUUUUACAUCUGUUUACAGUCUGCAUAAUUGCAAAAUAUAUUUAUUUAUCUCUUGGAAAUUAUGCAGUUCAAAUACCCAGAUCUAUAUAUAUAUAUAUAUUUAUAUAUGUGUAGCAUAUUAAAAAGAUACAAAAAGAACACUGUGCAGAUUUUGGUAAAUUUUUGGCACAUCAAAAGGCUUUUAUACAAUGCUUUGCAUUAUAAUCCAAAAGAUUAUUAUUAGAAUAAAAGUCAAUGCUGCAUCAAAACAGAAGAGGAUCACACUCAGACAGGUCCACUUUACAUGCCAAUGAGAAAGUUGAGGGGCUUAUUCUAAAAAAAAUAAAUAAAAAAAUUGUAGAAAAAAAACCAAACUGAAAUAUUUAGGCUGAAGUAGCUGAUUUAGAUACAUUCUCAACUCAGGUAUAGUCACAAUUUAGCUAUUUUAGCCUAAAUCUUCCAAUUUGAUUUUCGGAUUUUCAGUUCAAUAAAUUGAAUUUUGGAUUAUGUAAUUUCACUGCAAGCAUGCCUACUAUAUGUGUAUAUUUAAAGGGCAGCAAUGCUUCAUCACGGGUCUUUGAAUUUUCAUAAAUUAUCCAAUAGUACCACUUAUAGGUAACCUGCCAUUGAAGAAGAAUGUAGCUUUAUAAAGUGAAUUCAUUAAAAAUAAUCUAUACUUUGUGCAUACAAAUUGCCAUCACUUGUAGAGGUUGAGAUAAAAACGGGCAUCAAGAUUUCUAAUGCUUUGAGCCCCUUAUAGCAUACAGUAUCCUAUACUGUAGAACCAAUGAUUCAUCCUUACAUGCAAAUAAGGAACCUAGAGUUUGCAUCUGAGGUUAGCACAGUGAAGCCACAACAGAGAAAAAUCUUUCUUAAAAUUCCGCUUUAAGAUACUAGAUAUAUGUAAUGCAACCAUAUGAAACAAAAAUGGUUAACAAUCAUCUUUUAUAAAAGUUCAUAUUGUUAAAGAGGAAGUAUAGUCAGAUUGUCUUUUGGUGGCAUAAUCAUCUAAUAUGAAAAUAUUGCUGAAACCACGGCAAUUAGUUGUAAAUAAGUUUCGGAUUUAGUAAAUUGGACCGUCUGCAUCUAUGGCUUGGGAAAACAUUGUUGCAAUUUUUCUUCCAUCUUGUAAUUUUAAGUUCUCACCCAUACGAACAGUGUUUCAUUGGUUAAAAUAUUGAUGUUUGUACUGUAAGAGCCCUGCAACGUGCCAAAGUCACAAUGUGCUUUCUGCAUAUAAAUAUCUUGUUUCCGUUAUACAGUUAUAUUCAGUUGCAAAUAAAUAUGGGCAACAUUUGUUACAGUGACAUAUUGCAAUGUGGUGAAUUAGUUAGGGAUGGAUAUACAACACCCAGUUCUCUGAAAGUAAAUGCACAUAUGUGGACCUUUAGUGAGUCAGUAGGUGACUUUCAGUCGGUUUUAGCAGGUGACAUUCACUGCAAAUUAGAGGCCCAAAAUAAAUGGUACCCCUAUUAGAAUGUGAUGGGAUUGACACUACGUGUUGGGAGAAGAACCAUCGUGUUCCAUAUGUCAGAUAAUUAUUGGAAUAACAGGGCUUUGAGGGGCCACAUGUCAUUUGUGGUCCUUGUUGGUUUAGUAGCAUGAUAGCUGUCUCCCGAGUGGCACACUUUGCAUUCCCUGAUCUAUCUAUCUAUCUAUCUAUCUAUCUAUCUAUCCAUCUCUCAUAGAAACAUAUAAAAGGAACUCUAGGAUAUUUGUGGCAAUGUUAUUUCUUGAGUUUCUAUGCCGAAGAAGGUCUUCUUAAAGAUGGGUACAGAUGAUGCGUAAUAGUAUAGUUUGUAUUUGCACUGGAGAGUUUUAUUGUGUUUGGUCUAGGCACCUGGAGGUCAAUGGCAUCUAUCUAUCUAUCUAUCUAUCUAUCUAUCUAUCUAUCUAUCUAUCUAUCUAUCUAUCUCAUUCUAUUAUAUCAUUCAGUUUACAGCAUCUAACCCACACACAAAAUAGACUAAGCAUAUUUUGUGUCACUUAUGAUGGAUGCCUCCCUCUCUAUAUGAGUCCAGUCUGUGUUUUAUGGUUUUUUAAGCUUAGAGACCUAUUUUAAGAAAAUAAAAUUAAUAUAUGAAAUGUUAUUGGGGUGGGAGGGAGAGUAUCAAAUGAAGAUUUAUACUGUUCAAAAACUACGAUAUUAUUUUUUAAUAUGUAAUGUACACUGACCUACUACAGAGGUGAACUAUGCUUGUAGAUUAAGGUCAAAUUGUUUUUAAAGUUGCUUAAAAUGAAGCAUAUGCAUAUGGAAAUGUUUUCAUUAAAAUACAUUAUCAGACAAUUGUGGUUUAAUUUUGUGCUGCUAAUUAUUCAGAAGUGUUUGCUAAUUGUCUUUUUUGAUUGCCUUAGC